CCACCCCCACCCCUCCAAAAGGGACGCCUGGUCUCUCUGAGCUUUUGAAAGCGCAGCUCUGUCUUUUGUUAUCUCGCAGCGCGCAGGCGGGCACCGCAGACGAGGGGAGAGCAGCAGAGAGUCUCCGGCCGCUCACAAGCAUGGAUGUGUCGGCCAGCUGCGAAUGAAGGGGUGAUUCUUGGACCAGACAGGAUAUUAAAGAUCUCCACCUAACCUCAGGCCAUGGAGGAACACCAGGAGAUGGCCAGCUGGGUCUCCUUGUUCCCCCUUUCAGCACUGAUCCCCAUCACCAUCAUCUGCAUUCUGCUCUUCUGUGUUGGUGUCUGCGGGAACACCAUGACGAUUCUGAUCAUUCGGAGGUACAAGGACAUGAAGACCACCACCAACCUCUACCUGUCGAGCAUGGCCGUCUCUGACCUGAUCAUCCUGCUCUGCCUCCCCUUUGACCUCUACCGUCUCUGGAAGUAUUACCCCUGGAUUUUCGGCGAGGUUAUUUGUCGACUCUUCCAUUACAUCAAUGAGGGGUGCACGUAUGCCACCAUCCUGCACAUCACGGCCCUGAGCAUCGAGAGGUACCUGGCCAUUUGCUUUCCUCUUAAGGCCAAAGUAUUUGUAACCAGGCGGCGAGUGAAGUACGCCAUAGUACUGCUGUGGACCUUGGCGCUCUCCUCUGCUGCUCCCAUGCUUUUCCUUUUUGGAGUUCAGUUUGAAAAUAGCACUCACCCAGAUGCUGAACACAGAGAGUGCAAGUACACUGCGCACGCCCUCAGCUCCGGGCUCCUCGACACCAUGAUUUGGAUGUCUACUCUCUACUUCAUCAUCCCCAUGACCUGCUUAACUUUCUUGUAUGGAUCCAUAGGCUGGAAACUGUGGAGGAGCAAGACUCAGGUUCAGGGUCCGCAUGCUGCUAACCGGGAAAGAUACCACAAGCAAACAGUCAAAAUCCUGGCUGUUGUCGUCUUGGCCUUUGCCAUCUGCUGGCUGCCCUUCCACAUCGGCAGAUACCUCUUCAUGCACGUUCAGAGCUACUACGAGAUGACACUGAGCCAGUAUUUCAACAUGGUGUCAAUGCACCUCUUCUACCUGAGUGCUUCUAUCAACCCUGUCCUUUACAACCUCAUGUCCAACAGAAGAACCUGAAUUACAAUCACGAGUCCAAGAAGAACUGCUCCUGCUGGUUGCAACACUCUGAAGAGGCACACAAUGGUAUACACACUCAAAGAGGAUCCUCGGUUUUGUAGUGAGCCACCAUAGGUGCAAAAACUCAAUCCUGAGAGGCCAUUCUGGUCAACUGGGCAAAGACAGCCAGAUCUGAAACUGAACCUCUAACAGUGUAGCUCUUGAGACCUUAA